CGAGUCCGACCCACGCCAUCCCUACAUCAAUUUCCUUAAUUUCUGAUUAUUAGUGUCAGUUAUCUUCUGCAGCUGACUCUUUGUAGCAAAACCACACUUUUAUCCCAAUCCACCAUUUCCAACCAGAUUGUUCGAUCAGGAUGUCGAAUAGAUUGGAAGCAAUAUUAACUUCAGGAGCCGGACAAGCAGCCGGAUCACUAGUUGGGCCAGUAACUGAUGCUGGGAAAGGAAUAUACAGUUGUCUGAAGCGUAAAUAUGAUUAUAUCAAACACUGGGAACAUAAUUUCAAAGCACUCGAAAACGAGGCAAAUUAUCUAUUUAGCCGAGAGAAAGAUGUGAAGAAAGAGAUUGAACUCAACAGGGUAAUGAUGGAACCGACACAGGAAUGUCUUACUUGGCUGGAAGAAGUGGAAAUGAAGUCAGAACAUUUCAAAGAUCUGAAUAGUAGAUAUGAGAUUUACAAGGGAUCGUGUGGACCCCGUCAGUUGUUCACUCGUCUGAACUUGAGCAAAAGUUUUGUAAAAUUAACCAAUUCCGUCAUUGAUCUCAAAGACCGAAUGAGCCUUGAUCAUAAGUUUCUAAGAGAACGACCAGUAGAAAGGGUUCAUAAGAGCUCCCCGAUGAAAAUCAAUGUUUCAACGCUUUGUAAGAAUGUGGAGAAGCUCAUAGAGUUUCUUAAAGACAGUUCCAUAACAAAAGUUGGAAUAUGGGGGAUGCCUGGAGUCGGGAAAACAACAAUUCUGGAGACUUUAAGCUUCGAGGUAGAAAAGAAUCAGAUGUUUGAUAUUGUAAUAUGGGUAACUGUGCCAAAGCAGGGGGAUCCUUUUCUGAUACAACAAAAGAUCUUGAAGCAGUUGAAUGUGAAAGUUGAUGGAAUUGAUGAUCAACAUCAUGCAGCAACUUUGAUAUCAAAUGCACUCGAAAAUAGAAAAUAUUUGCUCCUUUUGGAUGAAGUUACAUCUGAAAUUAAUUUUUGUGACAUAGGGAUUUCAAGCAGUCAUAUGCAAGGGAAAGUGGUAGUAGCAACAAGAGAGAGGAAUAUUUGUGACUCAAUGGAGUUGAAUGAAGAUUUUCAAGUAGAUAGAUUGUCGAGAGAAGAUGCACGAAAGCUUUUCCGUGAUGUUGUAGGAGACUCGUUUGAGCAUCCAGGAAUUAGGCCAAUAGCCGAAAAAGUGCUGAAACAGUGUGGAGAUUUACCACAUGUCAUUAAGGCAGUAGGAAUUCAUUUGAAAGGAAGACGUACAGAAGAUUUUUGGAGGAAUACGCUAUCAAAAUUGCAAUCUCCUAAUAUGGGUCAGCUCAAGUAUAUGGAAGAGGUUUUUACUGCCUUUCGACUCAUUUAUGAAGAGUUGGAGGAAAAUCUAAAAAAUUGCUUACUCUACGGAGCUUCUUUUCCCGAAGACUAUGACAUCUAUCGAGACUAUUUGGUUGAAUGCUGGAAGGCAGAACAACUGAUUGGCAUAGAUCAUACAUUGAGGGAAGCAUGUGAAGAAGGAAAUACGAAUGUGGAAAAUUUGAUUGAUAAAUGCCUAUUUGAUCGAUGUAAAAACGCAAAAUAUGUCAAGAUGCCGAUCAUAUUUAGAAAUUCUGCUCUUCGAGUGGCUAAAAGUCACCAAAACUUUGAUAUAUUGUUCAGAAAGGAUGAAGAAAUUUAUCCUUCUGUGGAAAAAUGGAAGGACGCUAGAGUGAUCUCUCUGAUGAAAUCUGGUUUACACGAGCUGCCUGAGAAUCCUGAAUGCCCAAGUGUUUCAUCUAUAUUUCUCCAGAAGAAUGAAAAUUUAUUAACAAUACCAGCAUUAUUCUUCAAAUGUAUGCCCACCCUUAAAGUUAUUGACUUGUGUGAAACAGGCAUCAAGGUUAUUCCAUCCUCUAUUUGUGAGUUGACUAGCCUUAGAGGGCUUUAUCUUAAUGGUUGUUGCCAUUUGAUGCAUCUGCCCGAUGAAGUUGAAAAGCUUAAUAAUCUUGAAAUACUUGACAUCCGCAACACUGGGAUUCAUGGUUUACAAGAAGUGAUGGGGAAACUAACUAGUCUUCGUUGCCUUCGAGUCUCAUUCUCUAAUGAUUCGAGCAUCCAAAACCAUGUCCAGUGCAACGGUGCAGAUGUAUCCCCAUCCGAAGUCUGCAAACAACUUCUCUUUUUGGAAGAGUUGGCCAUUGAAGCAAAUCCUCCGCACCCAAGGUGGAACGAAAUAGCCCCAGAAAUUGCCGUGCAAGUAGCCCAGCUCAGGAAUUUAAGCGCUCUUUCUUUCUACUUUCCAACCAUUCAAUCCCUUCAAAAUUUUACUAGAACUCGUAACUCUAGGAAGAAUGGCACUUCUCGCAAUGCAGGCGACUUUAGAUCAUUCAACAUCUUUGUAGGAUCUCAUCAUGAAUCACAUAACUUGCCUCCAUUUGAUGUUUUCAAUUGUUCAGGUCGAAGGUAUCUUGUAUAUUCCAAUGGAAAAGGCAUCCCAGAUGGAAUCAAAGAUGUGCUUCAAACUGCUAAUGCCUUCAGACUCAUAGGUCAUCAGGACGUCACAUGUUUCACGGACUUUGGUAUUCAUAACAUGGAGUUUCUGGAAGUGUGCGAGGUGAAAGAGUGCAAUGCAGUGAGAGAUAUUGUGGGGGAUAAUGUGGCCGGUACUCAUGCCUUCCGAAUGCUAAGGGAACUGUAUUUGUUCGAGUUGCAACAAUGUAACUGUAUUUGCCAAGGCCCUGUCGCAUCAGGUACUUUUGCACAAUUAACAACUUUGAGUUUGUGUGAGUGUCGAAGUAUUGAGAAAGUUAUUACUACGGACAUGGCGAAAAAUCUGAGAAAGCUGCAACAUUUGAGAAUAGAAAAAUGCUGUCGAGUAAAGGAAGUAAUUGAAACAGGGAGUCAGGCUGGUGAGAGUGAUUUAUUACCCAAGUUGCAAACACUAGAACUUGUGAGCCUUGAAGGAGUAGAAAUUAUUCAUGCUGAAGAUUGUUUUGAAUGGCUUGCACUGCAACAAGUAGUAAUUGUGGAAUGUGAGAAGCUUACCAGUUUUUGCUUGAACAAAACGAAUGCUACAAAGUUACGGAGUAUUAAAUGCAGUGAAGCUUGGUGGGGAUCACUCACAUUGGAUGAUCAAGUCAGAGCACAUCUUCAGGCCUUCUGUUUCUUCAUUGACCAUAAUUAUAGCAUAUAGUUAGCUCCAUUUCAGCUUCAAAUUCAUUUCUUUUCAGCUUCUUCACAUGCUAUUUUCUGUGUUUUCUUUCACUUAGUUUUUUUUGUUUGUUUUCUGUUUAGUUCAGUAGGUUGUUGGGUCAGUUAGUUACAAGAUUUUUACAUUCUUUUCUUAUUAUAUAUA